AAUGAAAGAAAGAAGUCUGACAAAGAGCAAACGGUGUCAAAGAGGAAAUUUCGAUUCAGUAGGUGAAGAAGCAAUGAAAGCUUCAGACAUUUCGAUGAAAUCGAGCGAAGGUGAAGUCAGGAGUUUCAGUAGAACACAGAAGCCACCAUUCAGACCAGCUAAAGAUGAUACAAAACCGGUUCUCCAAGAUCCUAUACUGCGAUCGGACCCAAUUGAGACGGAGGAAGCGGUUCUGCGGCUGCCCCCUUUUCCGAUCGUCGGACCAAAACCCCAACAACACAAAUGAAAGAAAAUUUGUGACUUUGAGGGUUACCUAUAUAUUUAAUGUAAAUUUGAGAUGAAAUGGAUCUUGAGCUCAAAUUUUGUUUAGGUAAAACUCUUCAAUGAAACUCAAAUUUCACAUUUCUAGUUGUUGAGUGUUAGCAAUUGCAAUACCUUUUCAUUUUCUUUUU